UUUUCCAGGCCGCCCAGUUGGGCAACCCUCUCCAUGGCGGAUGCCAGCGAGGACCCCACCAUAUUUACUGCCCACUCUCUGCCCAGUGACCCCCGGUUCUGGGCCACUGUGACCAACGCAUACUUGGGCACACGUGUGUAUCAUGAUACCCUGCACGUGAGUGGGUUAUACAACGGGGCCUCUGGGGACACACACCGGGCCGCUCUGCCCAGUCCCCUCAACGUCCAGCUGGUGGCCCCUGCAGGAACAGGAGAGCAGCUGACCAAGACCUUUACCCUGGACACGAACACAGGCUCCUUUCUGCACACCCUGGAGGACUCCAGCUUCCGGGCCUCCCAGUGCAUCUAUGCCCACCGCACGCUGCCUCACGUCCUGGUCCUCAGUGUGUCCCUCAGCCGCCUGGCCGCGGGAAGCGGGCCCAUCACCGUGUUGCUGCAGGCAGCCUUCUCCCCAGAAAGCCCGGACUUGGACCUGCACCUGGGGCCUGACUUCCUGGGAGCCCGAUACCUGUACGGCCACACGCUCACCCCCGAGCAGCCUGGGGGGCCGCAGCAGGAGGUGCACAUGCUGUGGACACCAGUGCCCUCAGCCCUGACCCUUGGGCACGAUGAGGAGGACGGGACCUGGGAGUUCCUGACUGUGGUGGGCCGCAGCCAGGCUGAGGCCCAGGCCUGCCUCGCUGAGGCCCUGCGGCUGCAGGCCGGGGGCACUCUGUAUACUGCCCAUGCCCAGGCCUGGGCCCAACUCUGGGUAGGCUGUGGCCUGGACGUGGUGGGGCCCCUGGCCCUGCGCCAGGCCCUGCGUGCUGCCCUCUACUACCUGCUCAGCGCCCUGCCCCACCCCGGGGCCCCGGGGUACGUCUGCCACGGCCUCAGCCCUGGGGGCCUCUCCAACGGGAGUCGUGAGGAGUGCUACUGGGGCCAUGUCUUCUGGGACCAGGUGUGUGCCACCCACCGGUUCUGGCUUCUGUCCCACCCUCUUCUGCUCCUCCAGGACCUGCAGCUCUUCCAAGAGGCUGGUGGCUGGGAUGUGGUCAGUGCCGUGGCUGAGUUUUGGUGUAGCCGUGUAGAGUGGAGCCCUGGAGAGGAGAAGUACCACCUGAGGGGAGUCAUGCCCCCCGACGAAUACCAUUCAGGGGUCAACAAUUCUGUGUACACCAACGUCCUGGUCCAGAACAGCCUGCGCUUUGCAGCUUCCCUGGCCGAGGACCUGGGUCAGGCUGUCCCCCAGCGGUGGCUGGCGGUGGCUGAUAAGAUCAAGGUGCCCUUUGACCUGAAGCAGAACUUCCACCCUGAGUUUGACGGGUAUGAGCCUGGAGAGGAGGUAAAGCAGGCAGACGUCGUGCUCCUGGGGUACCCUGUCCCCUUCUCCCUGAGUCCUCACGUUCGCAGGAAAAACCUGGAGAUUUACGAGGCUGUGACAUCCCCCCAGGGCCCCGCCAUGACCUGGAGCAUGUUUGCGGUGGGCUGGAUGGAGCUGAAGGACCCCAGGCGGGCGUGGGGCCUCCUGGAAAGGAGCUUCGCCAACAUCACCGAGCCCUUCAAGGUGUGGACGGAGAAUGCCGACGGGUCCGGGGCCGUGAACUUCCUGACAGGCAUGGGGGGCUUCCUGCAGGCGGCGCUUUUCGGGUUCACGGGACUCCGGAUCACCAGCGCUGGUGUGACCUUUGACCCCACGUGCCCGGCCGGCGUCUCCGGCGUGUGCGUCUCAGGCAUCUCCUACCAGGGGAGCAAGCUGGACUUCUCCUUCUGCGAGGACUCCAUGAUGAUCGAAGUCAGGGCCCGCGCUGGGCCCUGGGCUCCCCCGCUGGAGGCCGAGCUGUGGCCGUCACAAACUCGGCUCCCCCUUCCCCCAGGACACAAGGUCUCCUUUCCUUGCUCGGCUGGCCGGAUACAGAGGUCACUCCCGCCGGAAGCAGAGGCAGAAAGCUCUUCUCCAAGAACUUCCUCUUGACGACACUGGACAGCUGCCCCACAGACCACAGGAUGGCCUCUGGGCCGCCCUUGGCCCUUCAGCCCCACUGAGUGCCUCACCAGCGCGGCUGGCUUCAGG